UGUCACAAGAAUGGAGGCGCUCGGCGGGCAAACGCUUCAUUACACGUUUUGUGGGGCUAUUUCUCACGGACGCCUUUCUUUCUGUUGAUUCUCAGACCGGAGGAGGCGGCCGGGGGCCGACCGAGGACGCGCGCGGCUCCGGGACCGGGGAGUGACGCCCCAGGAAGGUUCGUGCAGCGGCAGUAGAUGAGAGCUGUUGCCUCUCUGAGUGGUCCAAGUUUUCCACUUAUCCACUCGUCCCUGGACACACUUUAUCCACGAUCAGUUCAUAACCUGCAUAAAACAUCCGAGACACGAUGGCCGAGCAGCAGCAGCAACAGGAGGAGGAGGCGGAAGGUGUGUAUGUGGAGCACCAGUACAUGUGCAGCGAGUGCCACGAGCUCUUCAACACCCUGGAGGAGGUGCUGAUCCACCAGCAGAUCCACACCGGCCAGGAGGGUGAGGUGGAGGGCGAGGCCAUGACCAUCCAGGGAAUCCCAGAGAUGAUGGAGCAGGGCCAGCAGUACCAGUGUCUGGAGUGUGGGAGCCUCCUCGUGAACCAGGACGAGCUGCUGCAGCACCAGGAGAUGCACAUGAGGGAGGCGGGGAUGGAGGUGGAGCAGCAAGAGCUGUUGGAGAUCACGGAGACACAGGAAGUCAGGUCAGAGGCUGAGGUGGUGCAGCCGGUUCAAUACCAGUGCCUUGACUGCUUGGCACUGUUUGACACACCUGAGUCCUGGCUGGAGCACCGGCGGACCCACAACAGGAGCAGCACACACAGCAACAACGACACCAUAGAGUACGUGCUGCAGCCGGACGGCACCAUCACUCCACUGCACAGCGUUCAGAAGUAUGUGCUGAGUGAGCAGCAGGCCGGCGAGAUCCUGGCUCAGGUCCUUGCUCAGCAGCAGCAGAGGAAAUGUCAGUCUGUUUCCAAACCCGCUCCGCCCUCCCGCUCCGCCCUGCUCCCUCCCGUCACGCCCACGCCAGGCUCCGCCACCAUGCACCUGCAGAUCCUGACGGCUCAGGCUCUGGCGGACGGCUCCACCUCCCCCGGGCAGCAUCGCGCUCGGCUGCGCCCUCUGCUGCCCGCGGUGGCGCGGGACCCAUCCCCGAAGCUGGGGGUCCUGGAGAACGGCGUGCAGAGGCUGGAGCUGAGACUGGCUCCAGGCGUCGGCGGCGACAAUCAGCAGCGGCAGUCGACGGAGAUGGUGGUCGUCCACCCUUACGAAUGCUCCGAAUGCUCCCUGCUCUUCAAAACUCCAGAGGACUUCCUGAAGCACCAGGGAGAGCACUUCCUGGGUCAGGACAAGGAGAGCGGGGAUUCCGGGGUCAUGAGUGGCUUCGAGGACGGGCGAGGGCGGGAGGACGCCGCAGAGCGGCCCGAGGACAUGAGGGCAAGGGGAUCGGAGAAGAAGCCGGCCCUCUGGGCCAAACUCCAGCAGUGCGAGCUCUGCAGCCGCACCUUCACCUCCGUCAACCGGCUGGCGGCUCACAGACGCGUCCACGAGCAAGGCACGCACGAGUGUCCCGAGUGUGGCAAGGUGUUCAAGAAGGCGCCGUCGCUGGAGACGCACAUGCGAACCCACUCCGGUGUGGCCCGCUACCUGUGUGUGGACUGUGGGAGCGGCUUCACCACUGAGGUGACGCUCAUGAUGCACAGGAAGUCCCACACCGCCGACCCGCUUCACAAGUGUCAGUUCUGCCACAAGACCUUCACCAACAUGACCAAGUACCUCUACCACCGCCGAACACACCUCAACCGCGACUCGUGCGGCGCGGCCUCGCCCGUCUCUGCGCUCUGCGCUCCGAGACGAGCGUCCGCCUCUGCCCUCGCCAUCCUGGACCGAGCGAGGGAGAAGAAGAGCUCUCGGAGCGACGAGGCCAAGUCCAGCCUGAUGGCGCCUCUGAGCGAGGAGGAGGUUCGUCAAAUGGAGACUCCGAAGCAGAGCGAUCAGGGGGAGAAUGAGGAGAAGGGGACGGCCAGCAGCGUGGAGGCUGCUAAAGGGAACGCAGGGCAGCUGGGAGACGCUGCUGCGCCACCCUCACACCCCGCUCCCGGCGCCACUGCCGCCUCAGCAGAAUCUACCUCGGCCGGGGGGGCGUUUUCCUGCCGCUCCUGCCCCCAGACCUUCCCCUCCAAGCUGCAGCUGGUGCAGCACAGGCGGAAGGCGCACGCCCCCGAGUGCAGCUUCCUCUGCGGCGUCUGCGGGAAGUCCUUCCGCAAGCAGAUCCACGUGCGGAACCACAUCCGGACUCACACCGGCGAGAAGCCGUUCCAGUGCUCCGACUGCGGCAAGACCUUCUCGUCCCUGGCCAACCUGAUGAGGCACAACCUGGUGCACUCCGGCCUGCGGCCGUACCGCUGCGAGGUCUGCCACGUCUCCUUCACCCAGUCCUCCAACCUGCGCCAGCACAGCCUGCUGCACUCCACCGCCCCGGCGCUGAGCUGCCCCGACUGCCCCGCCACCUUCCGCUGGCCCAAGAAGCUGGCGGCGCACCGCUUCACCCGCCACCCGGGCUCCCCGGCGCCUUUCCCCUGCCUGCACUGCGAGGCGGGGUUCCUGACCCGGAGGCAGCGCGACGGCCACUGCCUGGAGCAGCACCCGGCGCUGGUGCAGGCGGCGACGGAGCCCGGCGGCCAAGCGGAGGCCGGCAAUGACGCGACCCCCGAGCCCUCCACCUCGGCGGCGGGCGGGACCGCUUCGGGGGCGUCGCCCGGCGUGGCGAGGGCGGGUCUGGACUGCAACAUCUGCGGGAAGAAGCUGAACUCCCCGGCGAACCUGCGGCUCCACAGACUAAGCCACUUCGCCGCGGGGCCCGGGCGGCCUCGCCACGCCGCGGGGAAACGCGCCAAGGCCCACCAGUGUCUGACCUGCGGGAAGCUCUUCGUGUCGUCCUCCGGGGUGGCGCUGCACCAGCGGGUCCACACGGGCGAGCGGCCCUUCCCCUGCCACGUGUGCGGGAAGCGCUUCCGCCAGAACACGCACCUGCGCGAGCACCUGCGCACGCACUCGGGCGAGCGGCCGUUCCACUGCGACGUCUGCGGCAAGGGCUUCGUCCAGAGCAUGCACCUGGUGGAGCACCGGCGCACGCACACGGGCGAGCGGCCGCACACGUGCUCCCAGUGCGGCAAGGCUUUCAAGACCUUCUCCAACCUGAGGAACCACAAGAAGACGCACGCCAGGCAGCAGCGGCUGGAUGAGGAGGAGGCGGCCGCCGCCGCCCAGGCCGCCAUGGAAACCAGCUCCGCCGUGGCCGUGGUGGAUGCCUCGGCGGUGGAGCUGUCCAGACAACCGCAGCUCAUCCAGAUCCAAACCUCAGAUCUACAGCAGGUGCAAGGCACCCCUACCAUCAUGUGCAAUGAGUUCGGGGAGACCAUCGCCAUCAUCGAGACGAGUGAGGGCGGGGCGCUGCCUCUGGAGCAGGCUCUGGAGAUCUACCACACGGCCCUGGAGAACGGGCUGGCCGUGGACGGCCUGCAGCUGAUCUGAGCCAAAGGAAAACCCGAAUCCUCGCUGAGCGCCGUGAGGGUUUGUGCCAAGAGGACAAAAUAACGACCAAAGUUUGUUGACGGCCCUCUCUAUAGAAAACAAAAAACAACCCAGAGAGGGAUCAGUGUUAAAAUGAUGCAUAAUGGAGGAAAUGAUUUGGGGAAAAAAAAGGACAGUUGUGCCUCAGAUAUUUGUAUGAUUCACUUGAUCAUUUUUAUGAAAUGGAUGUAACUUGGUCUAAAAGUUUCGUGAUCAUGUAAAGAUGUGAUGUCAAUAAAUGUU